AUAGCGGAGCAGAAGAGCAGCCAAACGAUGGCGGCAGGCGGUUCUGGGCUCUCCCUGUUGAAGCAAUGUCUGAUCAGGCGGAAUGGCCAACAGGAGCAGCACGGCGUGGCAGCCUCCUGCCUCCAGGAGCUGCGGAGCAAAGCCUGCGACCUCCUAGCCAUUGACAAGGCCUCGGAGCCCAUCACUUUGGUCCUGGCUGAGGAUGGCACCAUUGUGGACGAUGAGGACUAUUUCUUGUGUCUGCCGCCAAACGCCAAAUUUGUAGCGCUGCUGAAGGGCGAAAAAUGGUCCAGGAGCAGCAUUGAUGGGGGCACAGCAUGGCUGGAGAGAGAGGCCACGGAGGUAGACGGAGGUGGGGAGAAGUGGAAAUGCCUAGCCAGACAACUGAAGGAUGACCUCUCCACCAUCAUAUUGAUGUCCGAGGAAGACCUUCAGACACUCAUUGACGUACCGUGCUCAGACCUGGCUCAAGAACUUUAUGAGAGCCAACCUAAAAUCCAAACGCUGCAGAACACUCUUCAGCAGGUAUUGGACAGGCGGGAAGAGGAACGCCAAUCCCGGCAGCUUCUGGAGCUUUAUCUACAGGCGGUGAAAAAUGAGGACCACAUUGUACCCAAAGCAGAAGAACCAAAAGCAGAGGAAACCGCCAUGGAAGAAACCGAUACGGUCGACGCAGGGAACAACAGCGGAAGUGCUGGGACCGCCACUCUGCUUAGCAGCCACAUCCUGACCGCGCUCAAAGACAAACCUGCCGCAGAACUCAGCCUGGCCAGUCAAGACUUAGAGCUGGUUUACAAAGAAGACCCAGAUGACCUUGCUCUGGCCCUGAGCUGGGACAAGCCGAAAACCGAGGCCUUGCAGCAGGCUUGCGAGCGAGAGCUGUCGAGGCGUCUGGAGCAGGUUCAGGCUUUGCACUCCUUGCGGAACAUCUCCAAGGGCAAGAAAAAGCUGCCGUGGGGGGAAUGGUUGAGUUCCAAGCGUAAGAAAUAGGGUCAGCUCAGUUGAAGCUCGGAACCAUCUAGGACUCUGUGUGAGUUUGCUGUGCCUUGAUAAGCUUAAGAACUGAGCAUGUCCGGACAGAACUGGAACGUAAGGAAGACGUCAUUCAGCAAGUCUGCCGUUUCUUGCAUAGCUGAAAGGCGUUUCUGUAUCUGCAGAGUGCUGCUCCAUGCUAGCUGUUAAUCCAAGGAAGAAGAAAAAAGGAUCCUUUGGCAUAGAUGCGACAAGGGCCUGUUUGAAUGAUGUUUUGAAGAUUAUAUAUGUUGACGUAGGGAAGGCAAAAAUGCUCUUUUUAAUUAGACAAUUUUCCUCAUGCUCACGGGUGGAACUGUUAACCGUGCUGAGUUUCUGGUUGCUCUUUGCUUUGGCACAGACCUCAGGCAAGCAGUUCUGGGUCCCAGUGUUUGAGUAGUCCGUUCAGCUCUUGCCUUAACUCCUGUUUUUCAAGAAUCCCCCCUCCCAUAUUUAGAGACUGCUCUAAAUCUUCUGCUCAAACCUCGUGCUCCCAGACAGCUUUGCUUCUCUUGCCUUAAUCCAGGCUUGAAGUUCUACAGGCCUGCUUUGAAAGGAUCCCAACUGCAGGCACAAAAGAAAAGGAACUGAUAAGUGGGUAGAGAUGGAGAGAGGUGACAGAAGAAAGUCAGGGAUUCUCUGCUGCGAUCCGAUUCACACACACACAAAAGGAUCGAGGACGAGUUUACAAAUAUUCCCAAGUCACCCAUGGGACAUAGGUCUGCUCUAGGGAGACAUUAGAAUUCAAUUUCAGAGCAGCUGUCAAGGACAGCAUUCCAGUGGUGAGUGAAGCCAAAGGCAAUAGGGACAAACGUAUUUUAAUUUAAAGCUAGUAACUGAGCCUUAGGAGAGACAUUCCAGCCUUUUAGAAGUGGGGGGAGGGGGUUAGGGCCCGUGCAAGUCAUGAAGCCACCAAACUAUGAGCUAGGGUUAGGGGAAAGGGGGCAUGGAGGACUGGAUUGAGACCCCAAGGAGGCCAGGUGAGGUCCGCAGGCUAAUUUCAUUAGCACUAAAUGAAAUGUUGCUAAAGAAGGAUGCGCUUCAAACCACACCUCAUGUUCUCUCUGGACAGAAUACAACACAAAGUUUACAUAUGCACAGAAAAGUUUUAUUUCAGCACGUCAAGACUACUGUAGUGGAAGACAAGCUCAGCACUGGAAAAUAGCAGAGAAAGACAAGUUGGGACAGCAUUCUUUAGCUUGCUGAUGAAGGUCUAUGAAAAACAGCAGAAACCUUCCCCGAUCUGGGUGGGUGUGGGUGUCUUUUGCUCACAAUUCAAGGUUAUGUAUCUUGGCAGAGAACAUUUCAACAUACCAAUGGCCAUUCCUACUUCUUCCCUGCAAUUCUGCAACGAAAGCAUUUCAGAGGGGGUUUCCAGGCUCUUAAUGUUACAUGAGCACAAACCAAUAGCUAUGUCCAGAAGAGAUUUUGCCAUCCCCUUGCCCACGUUGCUAAGUAGAGUUCAACUCUUUGUAUACAGAAAAAAGGGCUGCGCUCUUGCACACGUUUGUGAGAAACAAAAUCACCAGGACUUGUUUCCAAGUAAAUGCAUUUAACGUUGAAACCUGGCUCCUCAGUCCUAAACACGUGGUUUUGGGAGUUGCAUGUUUAAGUGAACAGUCUAACCACUUGCAUUUCCAAUGGCUUCACUAUGUGUCUGCUGAGGUUCUAUGGAACUCCAGAAAAAAAGAGACAGGGCAUAGGGUUGUGCUUUUUAAGAAACUCAAUUUUUGUUCUCGUUUAAAA